CUGAAGAAAAAGAAGAAGAAUUCUCUUAUACUUAAAACCUCUUCUCAGAACUCAGCCACGGGCACAUCUGAAACCGACGACGCCUCCAAGACCGCCAGUUCUCCAGUAACUGAUGAAGCAGAAUAUGACACUAUAGGAACGCCAAGGUUGACACAUAACCCCUGCCAAUCCGGUACAUGCUCUGGGAGAUGCCUACCAGCGUCAAUUAUAACAGCAGUAUCAAAUAUAAAGCCUAAUACAUUAAUAGUGCCACAUGACUGCCUAAUUGUCAGCCGACGUCUUUCUAGAGCUCCAUUUUCGCUCUGGACCACCAAACAUGUGGUUUGGCCAGCCACAGAGCAGACGUUUGCCAUCAAAUAUUCCCAGCGUUAG